CACUGAAGAGGAGGGAGGGUCUACGCGCACUCAGUUCUCAGUUUAAGUCAGAUGAAACUUAAUGUUUCUCUUCAGUUUCUUUCACUCAGCUGCACGUUUUGCGUCUGUCACGCAGCUUCAAGCCUCGUGCUGCCUCCUCUCCUUUUACGCACAAGACUAACUUGAGAAGCAACAGGAGGUUUCCCACGAGCGAGUCACACCGGGAACGAGGAGGACUUAACGCAGACUUUUUAAAACACACUCCGGUACUGAUUCAACAUCUGCCCGGUGCCCACUGGACCCAUAGUCUGACCCGGGAUAUCUGCUGUCUGACCCGGGAUAGCGUCAGUCCUCCAUCAUGCGACCCUCAGCGGGCAGUGGGUCUGCGUGCUACAGCCUGGUCCUGGUCCUGGUCCUGGUUCUGGUUCAGGUCAUGGUCCUGGUUCAUCCUGCAGCAGGAUACAGUCUGGAUCAGGAUCACACUCUGGAAUUCCGUGGCCCCCCCUCUUCCAUGUUUGGAUACUCAGUCCUGCUGCAUCGCCAUGGAGCUCACAGCUGGUUGGUGGUUGGAGCCCCAGUAGCAAACUCAUCCUUCAGUCCAUUGGUUAGCUCUCCAGGAGCUAUUUAUCGCUGCAGCAUCACUGCUGAGUCCCGACACUGCCAUCCCAUGCGUGCUGACGUGCAGAACUGUGGAAAGACGUGCGAUGCAGAGAGUGAUCACCAGUGGCUGGGAGUCAGUCUGUCCAGACAACCUGGAGACAACGGAGGGCACAUCCUGGCAUGCGCUCACCGCUGGAAGAACGUCCACUACGCAAAUAAAGACGGUCAGAACCACAAGCUGCCUAAUGGAGUCUGUUAUCGCUACGCCAACGACCUGAGACACGCUCAACCCAUCAUACCAUGCUACAAAGACCACCAGAGGAAGUUCGGUGAGGAUUAUGGGUCAUGUCAGGCCGGUAUUUCCAACUUCCUGACAGAGGAUCUGAUCAUCAUGGGGGCUCCAGGGACGUCUUAUUGGACGGGUUCAGUUCUGGUCUUUAACGCGUCCAGUGGAGGGAUGUCAGUGUAUCUGGAUGACGAUGCUGGAGCCGUCGGCUUCGGAAGCUACCUGGGUUACGCUGUAGGAGCCGGUCACUUUUUGAGUCCUGGUACUGUGGAGGUCUUGGGUGGAGCUCCACAGUACAACCAGAAGGGCAAGGUCUUCAUCUUUGUAGUAGACAACAACAUGCUGCGGGUUGUCUCUGAAGUGUCUGGAAAAGAGCUGGGAUCUUACUUUGGGUCGAGUGUGUGUGCGGUGGAUCUGAACGCUGAUGGUUUGUCAGAUCUGUUGGUGGGUGCUCCCAUGGCAACAGGCAGCAUUAGGGAGGAGGGAAGAGUCCAUGUGUACAUCAACCAGGGGCAGGCAAAGCUGUUGGAGGCGGGGUUUCAACUAACUGGCAGCGACGCCUACGCUUCCCGGUUUGGAGAGACCAUCGCCAACCUGGGAGACCUGGACGACGAUGGUUACCCUGAUGUGGCGGUUGGUGCCCCACAGGAAGAUGACCUAAAAGGAGCUGUCUACAUUUACAACGGCAGAGAGGAGGGCAUCUCACCAACUCCAUCUCAGAGGAUUACCGGGUCCACCCUGGGUCGUGACCUCAGGAUGUUCGGCCAGUCGCUGAGCUCUGGCAUUGACAUUGAUGACAACGGCUACCAGGAUGUGGCGGUUGGUGCAUUCCUCUCGGACAUGGCCGUGGUUCUCAGGACCCGUCCGGUGAUUCAGGUGAAGGCGUCUCUGGCUCUGCCCCCGCAGAUUGACCAGCUGGAGACACUGUGCCGAGAACACAAGACUCCAACUGUCUGCUUAAAUGUUACCGUGUGCUUCAGUGUUAGGUCAAGGCAGUUCAGAGGAGCUAUAGAGCUUCAAUAUAAUUUGACCUCUGACCUCCUCCAUAAACCAUCCUUCCCUCAUCGUUUCUAUUUCCAUGGUAACGGGUCGUCCAAUAGCACGAGUGGGCGUGUGAGAGCACGACUUGGCCAGGUCACUUGUGCAACACAUGUGGCUUACCAAAGGAAAGAUGUGAGGGACAUUUUUACUCCAGUCAAGUUUGAAGUUUCCUAUAGUCACAGAGAAACAAACACCCACAAAGCCUCUUUCAAAACCUUUCCUCCAUUAAAACCCAUUCUGCAGCAGAGCAAAGGACACCAGAACACUGUCACCAACCAGACUUCGUUUGUUCGCUCCUGUUCACUGGUGAAUUGUUCAACCAACAUGCAGCUGUCAGCUCAACUAGUGCUGCCAGAUCAGCAGCAGUACUUUGCUCUUGGCUCUGGACAGGCCAUCAUGUUAAAAACAUCCAUACUGAAUUCUGGAGAUGAUGCCUUCCUGCCACGACUAACGCUGUGUUUCCCAAACAACAUCCACUACAUUAAAGUACUGCAGAAUCAGAACAAUGUGGUCAGUUGUGAUGUCACACAGGAGGUCAACAGCACAACGGCAGGCGUUGACUGCAGCGUCACCAGCCUCCUCAUCGCAGCCCAUUCCCAGUUGAAUAUCAACUUUCUAUUGGAUGUCAACCAGAACAGCACACCUGGUGACAUCAUCAUUCACGUCAACACCAGCAGUGAUAACUAUGAGAAGGAGGAGUAUCUCCAUGACAACUCCAUCAGUCUCCUCCUUCCUCUCAAAUAUGGAGUCAACGUCAACAUCCACGGUUUUGUGUCUCCCACCUCAUUUGUGUUUGGAGAUGAAGACAAUACUCCAGUAGACUGCUACGCCGAAAGAUUCAACUACACAUACAAGGUGUUAAACUCGGGUCCUAGCAGGUCUCUAGAUACUGUGGUAGACAUCAGCCUACCAAAGAUCCUCACACCUUACCGACACAGACUGCUGCAGGUGGUCGACUGGCAGUCGUCUCAGGGUACGUGUUCGAUCAGUGACACAACUGUUUCAGUGAUCGAGGACUGUGAUGUCCCUGAAGCUUCCUUCAUCCAAAAUCUCAUCUUCUUCUUCUCCUCCACCUCCACCCGCAGAAUGUUUUGUGGACGUAGUGAUGAGCUGUGUGAGUGGUUGGAGUGUCGUCUCGGUAACCUGGAGGCGGGGAGAGAUGCCUUCAUUCAACUGGAGAUCAGACUGAAUCCUGCUGUCCUACUGCAAGCUCCGGGUCGUCUUGGUGUCAUGAAGUUGGAGAGCACAGCAAUGAUGUCAAAUCCCAGAGAAAGUCCUCAUACCAUCCUCACUUCCAAACAACCUGUAGCUCAGGUGGUGGUGGAAGCUCUUUUUACCCAGAAACCCUCAACAACAGUAAAACUCUUCAUCAUCGUUGUCAGUUUAGUUUUAGGUCUGAUGAUCCUGGCUGCGCUCAUCUGGUGUCUGUGGAAGGCUGGCUUCUUUAAGAGGGAGUUCCAGAAGAAGGAGGAGGAGGAGGAGUUCAAGAGAGAUAGCUGGGACUAUGUUCCUAAACUCGACAAAAGACAGAGCACCGCCUAACAACGACUGUCACAGCUGGCCACAACCUCUAAUCACAGGAUGGAGUUCACAUUGCGACUGUGCGACAGUGCUAACGAGACAUGUGUGUCAACGGAUAAAUGGGGUGCUGUGUAUGAAAAUAUGGCAACCCAUAUUGUCCAAAACAGUAGAAUACUACUGCUGUUGAAUGUCAACGACCAGUGAAAUCUGUCCAGAAUGAUUCAGACGUUUUCAACACAGACCUGACGUGAGUGUGCUGAAGGACAAAAUGUCUCGAGUGAACGCCUCCUGAAGACACCUGAAUCUGAGCAUGCCUUUUAAACUAUUUUGCCGAAUGUGCCUUCACAAAUACAGACUCGUUCAAAGACUUGAAAAAGACUGCAGAGAUGGAUGGAAGAUUAAUGAAACGGGAAGUGAACCUGAACCGAUCAAAUCUGGACCAAUUAGAAGGCCUUGGAACUUCACGGGAUGUUUCAUCACCUGUGAUAGUUAUUGACUCGUUUAAGAGGAAAAAAACUAAAGGAAGUGAAUUUCUGUUUCCCUUUGAUCUCAGGGGUUGGCAGCCUGGCCUCUUAUUGGCUCAUCACUCUCUGGAAAUCUUCCCUUUUGUCUGUGUCCAUCAUCUUUCUACAUUUUUGUUUACCUGCUGACGCUUUAAGCGCUGGUGACAAACCGAGCACAAACACCGGUAGCUGUCCAGACAGUAGUAGUAGUGAUUGCUGCUGGGGUGUUCUGGUACAGGGCUUUUAUGUGUGUUGAAAUGGAUGCCGAACGCCAUCACUGUGGUUUUCACUCUGGGAUUUAAAAUUGUAGAAUAUUUAUCCCUUUAAAGACACAGUCAGUGAAAUUUCAUGACAGAAUCCUCUUAUUUUAAUGGAGUUGCAUGAUCAGAGGAAUUGCUCGUAGGCAACUAAGUAAAUCUGUGAAAUGUUUCUGCGUUGAGCUCAACUUUGGUGAACCGUGAGUAGUUUUUGCUGUUAAGACAAUACAUGUAAUUUAAUGAGCCAUAAUUAAAGAUGCUGUACGUAACAAAUUAAAUCUAAGUUAAAAAGAAUGCGUACGUACAACAGUUUCACUGGAACUGAUCUUGGACGACCUGGCUCAGGCGAGCCCAUGUAUAGUUUCUUGGUUGAUACCUGGGUUUGUAAAAAGCUUUAAUGUCAUCCAAUUCUUCAAUGAACGGCUCCUGGAUUCGGACUAAACUAUCAGUGGUAAAAUGCAGUAAAAAAUGCAACUUGUUGGAUAACAGAGCCAGCAGAGCCACAGGGUUGAAUGAUGGAACAUUACUUGAAGACAUUUUUAAAUAUUCAAAAGCACUGUCUUAACGGUCUGUAUUUUAUGAAUGCAGACAUUUAAAACAGCUGCUAUCCUCCAUUCUGUUUAUCUAUUUAGUACAAAUGCACAUCACACAGAGAGACGUUUUAAUAUUUUAAUACAUAGCUUUUUUAUGUUUAUGUAAAGUUGUUCUGCACUGGAGAGUCUCACUGCUUUUAUCAACACUUUUCUAUUAAAAUGAAAGAUUUUCUAUUUAAAUAUCACCUUGAUUUUUCUCAUGAAUACAGCGGUUACUCUAAAGAUCUGCAUUAUCUCACUAAAAAAAAAAAAACUUUAAAAAAGCUUC